ACAGGAAGCUGUGUGAGAGUCAGCCCAGGCGGGCGAAUCGCUGCUCGCGGUCCCUCCCGGGAUGGCCAGAGGCUCCGCGAGCCGCAGAGCAGCGCGGAGAUGCCGCUCGCGUCCCUCCAUCCUCUGCUCUGGCUCCUCCUGCUGCUCCCAGGUUCCACAGCUCCCACAAACUCCUCCACCCCCGCUGGAACAGGUCCAUCCCAACCAACAACACCCAGCCCUGAAGCCAAGAACCACGACUCAGAGCCAUCAGUAAAAUCAACACCACUGACCAACCUGAGCCUCACCACUGUGGGCCAAACUACUACAGCCAAGCCCUCCCCCACUACUACAACAACCCUGACAGCAACAACUGAGCGAGAUGAUACGUCCAGUGGAAACAGAAGCACGGCAGCUCCUUCUUCAGCACCUCGAGGUCAGGAUCCCAUGAGGAAUGAGAGCACCACAACAUCAGCGACUCAAGGUGCUUCCUCCUCACAGAGAGGCACCUCAAAACCCAUCACCCCAACACCCAACUCCUCCAGCCAAUUGCCCGAGCCCACCCCGACAGACGAGAAAUCACCGCUGACAGUGGCAGCUUUUGGUGUCAUCAGCUUUGUCGUUAUCCUGAUUGUGGUGGUCAUCAUCCUGGUCAGCGUGGUCAGCCUGAGGUUCAAGUGCAACCACUCCAAGGACUCGGAAGACAAACAGAAACCAGGAACCUCCAUGGUAUCAGAGAGCUGCUCGGCAGACACGAGCCAGAAGGGGAACAGCAUCACUCUGAUCUCCAUGAAGAACAUCAACACCAACAACAGCAUGAGCUACCCCCCGUCAGAAAAGGUGCUAUGAAGCCAAGAGCCCAGAGCUUGAAGCUGACAUGUGACAACCAGCAGUGGCUUUCUAGGUUCUUUUUAUUUUUCCUUCGGGGAAAGAGCAAGGGUGGACUUUAUAUAUAAAUUAUUAUGUCCUUUCUGAUCAGUACAUUUACAGUAGUGUCCUACAUAGCUUCCCCACCUGGGGCCUAAGGGCUUUCUCCAGUUACAGCCUGCCACACUCAGUGGUUGAUAUCUAACUCUAUUUUUGAUAUGCCUUCAAACACUCAGAUAAUUCCAGCAGCAAGAAGCACCAAGGCACCAUCCACUUCACUAAUAAACCUCUGCCUUAGAUGAAUGGCCUUUAUAGUCUGUGCCAGGCAGUCACAGGCUCGUUAAUCAGCAUAGCCCCACGUGGUGCCAGACCCGUGCUUUGGGACAGCCUGAUCCGAAGCUGAAGGCCUGAUGGGACUUAAAUGCCCAAGUUCUGGGUCAAAUCCCAGCAUGACUGCUCCAAGCCCCUUAUCCCCAGUGCCCUCAUUGUCCCCACAGCAGUGGGAUGGUCACAUCCCCCUACCUCACAGGGCUGUUGUGAGGCCUCGUUAGGCUCUGUCUGUAAAGCGUUUGGAGAGCUGUGAAUUAAAGGUGCUGCUGAAAUGCAAA